AUGCGCUUCUCAUCAGGCCUCGUUCUCGCUCUCCCGGCGCUCGCUGUCGCCGAGGAGCAGGUGCCUCUCCUUGACAAGGUGAAGGGCUUCUUCAACAAGGCGACGGCUGCCGUGUCCGCAUCCAUCCCCUCCAUGCCGUCGGCGCCAGUCGACACCGCAACGAGCAAGGUGGCCUCCAACGCAGCUGCCGCCAUCCAGUACCCAAUUACCCUGGAGAACUGGAAAGAGACGCUUACUGUUGAUGCUACCGCCAGCCCUCCUACCACACAGGACUGGCUCAUCUUCACCACCGGCGGCAACACCACCUGCUUUGGCCUGUGUGGCAACGCAACCAAGGCAUGGAACGCUUCUCUCCCCAUCAUGGCCGCGAAGCCUGAUGCGCCCAAGUUUGCGUACCUUGACUGCGAAACCGAGCCUCUCCUCUGCAACGCAUGGUCUGUCGGCGCACCGGCGCUCUACUACUUCCAGAUCCCUAAGCCCAUGGCUGACCAGUCCGCGCCCGUCCCCGUCGUUCGCUACAAGCCCUUGAACCGCACCAGCACCACCACCGAGACCUUCAAGAAGCUCAUCGUUGACAACGAGAUUGAGCAGGUCACCCCAUACGAGGGUCCCUUCCACCCCUUCAACGGUGCUCUCCAGCUGUACAACCUUGCCAUUCCUUACGCAUACGUCACCUGGGGAUUCUCCAAGAUGCCCUCGUGGAUGCCCAUGAUCAUCAUCUCCUUCCUCAGCAGGUCGUUCAUGAGCAAGCGCAUGGCGGGACCAACUCCCGCAGAGACGCGUGCCGCCGCCGCACAACCUGCUCGCACGUACUUAUUAUGGAUAAGAUGUGGACCAGGCGCGCUCAUACUGCCCAAAGAGGUGUCGAAGAUUAGCAUGGAAUUCAACACAAAACUCUACGGAGGACAUAGAGGGGCAAGGAAAUUCUGGCGCAAUAUGCUGCCCCGGAUGAAAUACCGUAAUCCAUCCAUCCCAAUGGAAGUCGCGCGACACAACGACCCCGACGGUCCCUCGCUCCUACACAUCUUCACAGCAACCAAAACACAGCCAUCGGCUGGCUCUACCAACUCUCCUACAACACAACAAUCAGACGCUUCACCACCGUCGGCCACACCAAACCCGCGCAAUACGCUCGUACCCGAUACCUCGAAACCUACGUUUUCGAUUGACAUGAGAGACCAGUCGGAGAGCGAGAUCUUGGAGGCACUGGUGGAGAAGAUAGGCGCAGUGGAGAUCAAGCCGACGGAGGAGGAGUUGGCCGAGAUGAAGGAGAUUGAGGAGUUCAAGGAGAGGUCAGAGGCGGAUAGAGUGCUGGUUAGGGAGAAGUUGCUGAAGGAGCGGAGAGAGGCUGAGCUGCUCAAGUUGGCGAGGGGUGAGGCACCGGCUGCGAACUAA